AUUAAAAAUGUGGAACUGAAAGGUUAUGGUAAGGUUGAGAUGACGCAAAUGAAGGAAAGUAGCAGAUCUCGACCAUCACUAUCGUUUCAAAACAAGUCGUUCAGUUCUAACAGUGAUGAAUCUGGAAUCACCAGUGUAGAUGCACAAGCAGAGACUAUUAAAAAAAACAUGCAAGCUAAAUUUCUAAAGGCAUCUGAGGCUGGCAAAUCCAAGUUUGUUGCCAGUCAAGAGCAGUUAAUUGUAAUGGAAGGAGACAGUCCAAGCAGGGAAAUUAACGUAAAUGUUUCUAAGACCCAUAGGAAAAGACAUGGAAGGCAAAUAUUAAAGCUAGCAGCAGACAUAACAAAGGUUAAGUCUGGUGCCAUCUCCCUAGAAACUGGCGAUUCUGCCAGUACAACAGCCUUUCAAAGUAAUAAACAUCAUUGCAAACAGCCCCAGUUUAUCUCUGUCAAAAGCCAGGAAAGUAUUAAAAGGCUAAAAAAUGUUGGUGAUAGAGAUAACAGUGAUCUGAGUAAGGCUGACAAGAGAUCCUCCUACAGUUCCAAUUUAGAUAAUGUUCCAGUACAGAGAUUAAGAAAGGAUGGUAGUUUAAUAAAAAACGUUAAAAACAAAGAAAAUGUGUUAAAUGAUGGACAAUUUGGUAUGAAAGAAUUAGAGGGGAGUGUAUUAAAACCUAAAGGUGACAUAGUAGUGUGUUUUAAGAAACCAAAAGAUAGUUCUGGUAGUAGUGAUUCUUCAGGAGAACACACAAAAUCUAAAUAUGUUAAAAGGCAAACAGAUAGAAAACUACUUCUAGUUAAGCAAAAAGAAUUUGUAGAAAACCGAAGUUUGCACGAUAAUUACAUGAGUGAGACAGAGGGGGACAGUGAUGCCCGAGAUGGAAAUCAGGAGAAAGAUGAAGGAAAAGGUCAGAUUGAAGAAGAGAAAGAUAUAGUAAAUGAAGAAGGAGAUGAUAAAGAAACUGAAGAGGAUGAGGGAGAUAAAGAAGGCAAUGAAAAUGUUGAAGAAGGAGAGGAGAAUGAGGCAGAAAAGGGGGAAUAUGACUUAAAGGAGGGUGGAAAAAGUGAAAAAGCUGAGGAAGAGGGAAGCGAAGAAGGAGAGGAGGAUGAAGGAAUUGAAGAAGGGGAGGAGGAGCAAUGUGAAGAGGAGGAUGAUGAAGGGGAAGAGGAGCAGAAAGAAGAAGGGGAAGAUGAGGAAGGGGAGGAAGAUGAGGUAGACGAGGAAGAAGAAGAGGAAGGGGAAGAUGAUGAAGAAGGGGCGGAGGAAGAUGAAGAUGGGGAGGAGGAAAAUGAAGAAGGGGAGGAGGAGGAUGAAGAAGGGGAGGAGGAGGAUGAAGAAGGGGAGGAGGAGGAUGAAGAAGGGGAGGAGGAGGAUGAAGAAAGGGAGGAGGAGGAGGAUGAAGAAAGGGAGGAGGAGGAUGAAGAAGGGGAGGAUGAAGAAGGAGAGGAAGAGGAUGAAGAAGGAGAGGAAGAGGAUGAAGAAGGAGAGGAAGAGGAUGAAGGAGAGGAGGAAGAUGAAGCAGGGGAGGAGGAAGAGGGGGAGGAGGAAGAUGAAGAAGGGGAUGAGGAAGAAGGGGAGGAGGAGGAAGAUGAGGAAGAAGGGGAGGAAGAGGAAGAUGAGGAAGAAGGGGAGGAGGAAGACACUGUAGAGGAGGAGAAAGAGGAUAAAGAAAAUAACAGAGACAAAGAAGCAGGGGGAACAAAAAGAGAACAGAAAAAUGAACAACAUAAGGACAAUGAAAAAACAUUUAAAUCAAAUAAAACUACAAAAGAAACUGAUAAGCUGAAAAAGAAUGUUCAAAAUAUUAAGAAACGUGAACUUAAACAUAUAAAUACAACAAAAUUUGAUCACACAGCAAAAUGUAAGAAUCUGGAAACUUCAGCUCAGUUUUGGGACAAUAUUUUACCGCAGUAUUUGACACUAAAGUAACAUAGAAGUUAGGUAAUAUUUUUGUAUUAUAUGUCUGUGUCAUGUUCUGUGGUGAAAAAGUACUUUGUGUAUCAGCAGGUAGAGGGUUAAAUAUGGUAAUACUUAGGUCUUAGGAGUGUGUUCUAAUGUUCUGUUUGCAGAAAUAUUGCUAGAAA